GAAGUGGGCAUAAAGAUAAACAACUUGUCUUGGACAGUGUGUCUACUGAAGUCUAUUACAUGGAUCCACAGAAUACUUGACUCACACAGGCAAUAUACAUCAACACUUAUUAUGUUAGCCUUCAUAGGAUGUAUAAUCAGAACAUAAAUGACUUUACUUAUGGAGAGAACUUAGUGCCAGAGUACAUGAAAGUAAUAUCCUAUAAGUAGACACCUGACUUUGGGGAUAUCAGUUUUUCCUUGUGCGGUCAAUUUAUCAGGAUAGAUGUGUGAUGAAAUACAGCAGCCAUUCACAGCCACAUUCAUCAGUCAAAGCUAACAUUUUCUCUUGUUGAAAAAUCUGAUUGUAAGAGGCAUGGGCAUGAUUUGUGACAUCAGUAAAUGUUUGGAUGUCAAUCCUGGUCCAGUAUUCACAUACAGUACACAAGUGUGAUGUGGAUACUCAAGGCCUCCAGUGCACAUACACUGAGACUGAGAGUGGACUUUACAGUGAAGUAGGAGACAUCUUGUGUGCAUAUUCAGGAAUGUUUAAAUUCCUGCCCGGGCAUCGGGCAGCAAAGGCAGGUUUUACAAUGGGAAGACUUAGGAACAGAUGAACCAAGAAAUCUUUAGUGAUUGUAAAUCAUGUCCAGCCUGGAGAUAGUUUCCACCUAGAACUGAUUAACAGCUGAGGCAGUUGCUCAUUACAUGACACAGAAUUGGGAAUGAAUAUAAAGGCAAAGAAAAUCUGAACACAGUGUAUUUGGUUCAGACAGAGCUUUUGAGGAUGAUGAAUAAAACAUGUGCAACCAAACACAAGCAAGCCCAGGUGGAGGAGAGAGGACACUGGGGCAGUAAGGUGGAGUUUCUCCUGGCCGUAGGUGGAAAUGUCAUCGGUCUGGGCAACGUGUGGAGGUUCCCUUACCUCUGCUACAAAAAUGGAGGGGGUGCGUUCCUGGUGCCCUAUCUGGUAUUUAUGGUGACCUGCGGCGUUCCCCUGUUCCUGCUGGAGACCACUGUGGGUCAGUUCACCCAGGAGGGCAGCAUAACCUGCUGGAGGAAGCUAUGCCCGCUGGCAGAAGGUGUUGGCUAUGGUGGACAGUUAAUCCUCCUCUACAGCUGUAUGACCUACAUCAUCAUUCUGUCCUGGGCUCUGCUCUACCUGGUGUUCUCCUUCAGCCCCCAGCUCCCCUGGGCCACCUGCAACAACUACUGGAACACAGAUGACUGUCUAGACUUUUCCACAAUCAAUACGACUGCUCAACUGACCAAUCAGACUCUCACAACAUCUGCUGCCACAGAAUUCUGGGAACGACGAGUGCUGGCUAUCUCAGGGGGGAUCGAGGAGAUAGGCAGCAUCAGGUGGGAGAUACUGUUGUGCGUAAUUGUUAUGUGGAUCACCUGCUACUUUUGUAUCUGGAAAGGGGUCAAGUCUACUGGAAAGGGAGGCAUGUAUACGUUCCAGUUGUUUGACUACUACGCUUGUAACGGAGCCUGCAUCCUUUUUAUGAGUGUGUUUGAAUCCCUGGCACUGGCAUGGCUUUUUGGGGCCGAGCGGUUGCAUGGCAUCAUAAAGGACAUGACAGGUGUGCGUGUCAACCCGUUCUUUAAAAUCUGCUGGCUUUACCUCACUCCUCUGGUCUCACUGCGUCUCCAUCACCUGUGCCAGCCUGACCCCUCCUGCACGCUGCCCCAAAAGGGAGAAACUGAGCUGCAGCACAUCAUCGGGGAAGAUCAGCAACAACAGCUGGCUGUCAGUUGAUAUGAAGCGUAAAUUGAUCCCGAACAGCUCGUUUAAUGUGUUCAACAACCGAGAUCUUGUACUGAGCUGGCUGGUUACUGGUGAUACAGCUUUCUUCUGUAUCUACAGUUUAAAUGUCAAAGAGAAGCAAGACUUGUUUUAUUCAUUUUAGUUA